AUGCACUUCCAUAAGAUGAACCUGCAUGCAGGACCGCGCGCUCUGUUGGCAAGCAUCCGACUACAAUACUGGCCUAUUGGAGGACUGCGAACGGUCUCAAAUGUACUGAAAGGCUGUGUGGAGUGCUUCCGGGCCAGGCCCAAAUUUCUGGAACCAAUCAUGGCUAAUCUUCCGAAGGAACGUUUGGAGUGCGUACGGGCCUUUGCUGUUUCUGGCGUCGACUAUUGUGGACCUUUCCUUUACAAAUCAGAAGUUCGCACCAGGUCUCCCAUCAAGUGCUACGUAUGCGUGUUCAUCUGCUUUACAAGCAAGGCUGUGCACUUAGAGCUUGUCAAGGAUCUAACAACUGCGUCGUUUUUAAGUGCUUUGAAGAGAUUCAUUUCUACACGUGGAAAGCCUAGUCAAAUUUGGUCGGACAAUGCUACCAACUUUGUAGGAGCCAAAAAUGAGUUGGCGGAUUUGAAGCGGCUGCUGCUUAGCGAUUCUCAUAUGCAGUCUGUUCAUCAAGCUUGCUUGGCUGAGGGAAUCGACUGGCAAUUUAUUCCGCCUCGCUCACCACACUUUGGCGGAUUGUGGGAGGCAGCAGUCAAGACGGCCAAACACCAUUUCUACCGCUCUGUUGGCCGCCAAACGCUUAGUUUUGAUGAGCUUCGCACUUUGGUUUGUCAGAUUGCGUCAAUCAUUAAUUCUCGCCCCUUGCUAUCCGUUUCAGAGAAUCCAGAUGAUCUUGAUGUUUUGACUCCUGCCCACCUACUUUUUGGUGGCCCUUCCACUACUAUCAUUGAGCCCGAUCUAACCAAGCUUAACUAUAACCGCUUGGAUGGUUGGCAGCGUGUAACAUAUCUGCAGCAACUAUUCUGGUCCCGAUGGCAGAAGGAGUAUCUUACCCUUCUGCAACAACGCACCAAAUGGCGGUCUCCUGAACGAAUGCUGAAGGUCAACGACGUAGUUUUGAUAAAGGAUGAAAAUCUACCUCCCAUGCGGUGGCCCUUAGCUAGGGUGACCGCACUUAUUCCUGGACGAGAUGGUGUUUGCCGAGUUGCUGAUCUGAAAACGUCCACGUGUGACAUCAGGAGAGCUGUUAAUAAGUUGUGCCUGCUGCCCACCAAUGAUGAAGUUGAAAGACAGGCUUCCAACGGGGGAGUAUGUUGA